UUCUUCUCGUCCCUGCUUCUAGUAAUGACGCUGUCUUGGCUGUUUUUUUUUCCCCCUCUCUAUUUUUGCGUGUUUCCGCUCUGGGUGGGCCGAGGAAAAUAAAACGGAUGUUCUCUCUGUUUCUUUCCUCCCCUUUUCCACCGGACUAAUAUUCCCUUGGGGGCGUGACUAGGAGAUGUGCUGGAACACGGGGGCUACCACCGGACAGGUGACGCGCUUUGCCUGUCUGUGCGGUCUGGACCUUGAUCUGCAAGAGGAGGGGGGUGUUUUCCAUGUUCUUGCCUCAUGUCCACCUUUCACUUCUUGUUAUGUACUUUUGCCUACGCUAUACCUUUGUUCCGCUGGUUUCCUAUUCCCCAUUGUGACCUAUUACCCUUACCCGAGUAUUUUCUCGACUUGUGUCCGUUAUCUUCUGUGCACCUGUUUUGUCCUUUUUUUUUUAUUACUCAUUUUAGUGAACUCGCCCACCCGCCGACUAUCUUUUCUGGAUGUGACUUUCCUUUUUUUCUUAUUUCUUUAUUUUCCUCUCCGCAGUCUGUGUUAGUCAAUUCAAAAUUUGUUCUACCGAAAUUCUAUAAAAAAAAAUUGGUCGAC